AUGGAGGGGGAAAAGAAGAAGAAGAUCAAGCGCAGCCGCAAGGGCUGCCAUGCUUGCAAGAGGCUAAAGAUCAAAUGCGAUGAGCAAAAGCCCAAGUGCAGCUACUGCACCAAGAGGAACUUUGACUGCGAUUAUUCAAUGAAACUUACGUGGGGAGGGCGACCGUACAAGGACGCCAGCAAAAGGAGUAGCAGCAAGAACUCGUACCCGUCAGCACCUCAGACACCCAAGGACAAGGAGUAUUUGAAGGAGAAUCUCAACCGCACUUUGAGCAAGGAGAUGCAUAUUGUGCCGGAAAAUGAACUGCUCGCCAGCGUGUUUGCUCCUCCUCCUCCUCCUCUUCUUCUUCCCCACGAGCACGAGAUCCAUACUCCCAUUACACCGCUCAGCAGUUUCUUAAUCCCCGCUGGCACGGCGACGAGCUUGCUUGAGGGCGGCAACAGGGGCAAUGAUAGUAGUGUAUUGCCCAUUUCAGACAACCCACCUUUGCCUUUGCCUAUGCUGCUGACGCAGACGGGCAUACCCUUGGAGGAACAUGGCUUGGUUCCUGCUGGGUUAGACGAGCUUGAAAGGACAAUUACUAGGAGAACCGGCGGCGAGUUCCAGUUCAUACCCAGAAACUCGGCCAUAUUGCUGGACUUUAUGGAGAGAUUCGAUGGCCAAAACAACUGGACCCAUGCAGAUGUUUUGUCUAGUCUAUCGUCAUACACCCAGGAUUUAUCGGCGAUUGAACAGUAUAUGCCGUCGCAAGCUGGGCAUUUGGUCCCAGACGUGAUGCCAUUGGUUUAUCGGCCUCGCGCUCCUUUGAGGGCAGAACAAGAACCGGUGCAACCGCCGUUACUAGGCGUGGAUGCUGAAAAGGAGAGGCCGGAAUAUUUUUUCAGCCAAAUACCGCGACAGCUUACCCCGCUCCCGUCGUUGUUGCUCGAGGUGCCCUUUUACAGAGACUUGAUGCAUUUUUGGGUGAAUGUCGCGUCCCAGCACUUGGUGCCGGCACCCUCGGGGAUCUACAAGGAGAAUCCAUUCAGAAUCUUGCUUCCACAAAUGGCGAUGGAGUACUCCUCGGUGUUGACGAUAUUGCUUGCCUUUUCCGCCAAGAUAAGAGCCCUGCUUAUAGGCACCAAUGACGUGCCAGAUGAGAUUAUUGAAAAGUUGAUGUCGAGGUCCUGUAGCGAGCUACUCCAUCUAUUGCAGGACAAUACGAAAGCCACCUCCGACCAGACCUUGGCGACUGCUUUGCUCUUGUCCUGUUUUGAGAUUUUCGAUUCCAAAGACUUUAGCAAGCACCGCGCGCAUACCAUUGGGGCACGCCAAAUCAUCAAAGCAAGGUCAAUGGUCUCUAUGGAAAGAACCAAUUUGUCAGGGAGCGACAAGGACGUGACGUUUUUUUUGUUGCGCUGGUUUGUUUACAUGGAUGUCAUUGGAGCGCUUUCAGCUUCAAAAAACUCGGAUAAAUACCUUUUAAUCACUGACGACUUGGGAAGCUAUGAGCCGGUGAGCUCAGUGGUGAGCUUGAAUUACGAUAAACAAGUGAGCGAAAACUCGAGCUCGUUGGACGUUGACCGCAUGAUGGGGUUUGACCUCCAGCUUUUGUCGUAUUUUGCCAAAAUCACGCUCGUUACCAGGAAAAUCAGCGACUAUUUAAAGCAAGAAGGCGCACACUCCGUUUCGAUCCCGCUCGAGCUCAUCUCCGAGGUUUUAGAAAUCAAAAAGGCAUUGCAGGACCAAUGCUCGAGAGAGGAGGAUUCCAUGACAGAGCGUCAAAAGAAGAUUGUUGAAGUUGGAGACGAGUCGAGAGCAAAAGAGAUUGAAAUAUUGAAGUGCACCAACCGGAUAUUCUGCGAUGCGGGCACCAUCCACUUGUACCGAAGAGCGCUUCACAUUCCAAGAAGAUCACCCUUGGUGCAAAACUUGGCCAGCAACAUUGGCCUCUUGACCGUGAAAAUGAUCCCGGCAAAGUCGCCCACGGAAACAUGUUGUAUAUUCUGUUUCUUUACCGCGGCUUGUGAAACCUUGGACGUGAGGCUUCAAGAGUUUUUCAAGACCAAGUUCCAGGAGAUGAGUGACAUGGGCAACAUCAAUGCAAAAAAGAGCUUGCAGAUUAUGAAACACUGCUGGUCAAGUGGAGACGACUGGCUUCAAGCUGCCGAGAAGUUGAAUUUGGACUUUGCCUUGUUCUGA